AUGUCCAAUCCGUUUCUGCCUGCACCUCCUGCGCGUAUCUCUGGCCGGGCCGCGGCCGGUCUUCUCGUUGGGGGACCUAAACAACCACAACGGCAACGAAUAUCGCAGAUCCCUCGGCUGCAGUUUUUCCUGGGAUGCGCCCUCUACGUGCUGCACAACGCGUGCGCGUGGCUCUACGUCCGGGGCUGCCUACCGCCGGCGCAGUGGAGGCUGCAGCAGCAGCCAUCCUGGGGAGGGCUCGGCGCAGAAGGAGGCAACCACGUCAUGCACGUUGAGAUCCUGCUGCCGUACGUGAUCGGAUUCCUGUUCGGCAUCGGCUACGGCUCCGUCGUGGCCGCCGGGGGCUGGGAAGCAUUGCGCGUGCCCGCCGACCCGAGCGACACCGCCGGGCCCACCGGCAGCGCCGGCGAUAGGACCGGCGGUGACGGUGGCGGUGGCGGUGGCAGUGAAGCCCCCGGCGGCGGUAGCGGCGGCGGCGGCGGCGGAGGGAAGACGGAAUUUUCCUUCGCGGCGCAGGUUUGCGCCUGGGACAGCCGCGCGGAGGAGGAGGCGAAGGCCGCCGGCGACGGCGAGGACGACGACGACGACGACUGCGAUUCGUCGUCGGGCCCCGGCAGCGACAACGACGACUCGGGCGACGCGGGGAAUAACCCCCCCGGCGGUGGCGGCGAAACAGGAGCGGCGGCGGCGGCGGCGGCGGCGGCGGCAGCUUCGCCUUCGAAGGAGGGGGCGGGUACCACGGCGCGCGGCGGGCGGGUGACGCGCUCUCGGGCUCGCAACAUAGGAUUCAAAGAAGUCGCCGAUAGUGGUGGUGGUGAGAACACCGUAGGAGGCGGCGGUGCUAGCGGCAGCGCUCCCGCCGCGCUUGACCCCGUCGGAGACGCCGCCCGGGCGUCGGGACCGGUGCGGUGCGACAAGCCCGGGAGUUCCACCGAAGGCUCCGGCGGUACCGCCACGACCUCGCCUUCCGGAGGGGGGGAGGGUGGCGGUAGCGGUAGCGGCGGCGGCGGCGGCGGGAGCGGGGUCAGUGUGAGCGGGGAGCCUCUCCGGCGGCUGAGCCUGGUGCACCAGCCGACGCGAUACGACGGCACGGAGGCGGAGGACGACGAGGACGACGAGGAGGGCGGCUACGGCUGGGGUCAGCAGGUGGUGGUGAAGCCGGUGAAGGUGUCGCUGUGGGACAAGCGGGGGCUGAGGUCGAAGGCGCUGCUGUCCCUCAACCAGCUCCGCGCGUGCAUCAUCGAGCGCGCCGAGAGCACUCCGCAGAAGGCCACCUACCACCGCGCGGCGAAGCUGGGGGUAUUUGCUACCGUGUGCCUCCCGGUCCUCUUCACCCUGUGCACUACGGUCGCCUACGCCUGGAUCAACGCCGGCGCCGCCGACGGGGGCGGCGGCGGUACCGCCAGCGCCUCGCAAGCCUGUGCAACGCCUUCUCUAGUCGGACCCGAGGAGGGCGAGUCUUUCGAAGGCGAGUGUGGGGUGUACCAUGGCGGCGGAGCGGCCGCGUGCGGCCGAUUGCGGCUGGAAGAGCUCGCCUUGGCGGCACUCUGGCGGACGGCGGCGGCCGUGUGGGCCCUGGCCUCGCGGGCCCUGAGGCCGGAGGCCGGGGACUGGGCCGCGGCGGCGGUGGCGGUGGUGAGCCUGUGCUCGGUGUCGUUCUUCGCCGUGCCGACCUUCCGAGCGCUCGAGGACGCCGAGAGGACUUAUCAGCGGCGCUACAUGUACUCCAAGUACUUCUGCGCCCUGACCUCCUCGCAGCGCGCGAGGAAGCACCGCAUCCCCCACUUCUCCCUCAAGAACGUGGCCAACAUCCGUGUGUGGCUGGCCCUGAGGGCCGGCAAGACCUGGCUCCGGCGCCACCGGCGGGAGCGCAAGGCCGAUGCGGUGGUGUCGUCGGCGUUCUUCCUGUCCCUCGCCCUCCUGGCCGCGAUUCUGUCGGAGGCGAUCAGCAGGGAGUCCCGCUUCCUAUCGACGGUGGUGCACUGGGAGCUGCUGGUGUGGUGCUGCUUCAUCAGCUUCUUCCUGCUGCGGUACCUGACUCUGGGUUCCAACACAAACAACCGAUAUCGAGACACGAGCGUCCUGCUGACGGAGCAGAUCAACGUGCAGCUCAGGGUCCUGCAGAACACCAGCAACAAGGAGGCUUCCAAAAAGGUGAUCAAGCGGGAACGGCUGGGAGUGUCGACCAACGUCCUAAAGCUGGCCACGAAGCUCCUCAAGGAGCUCGACGGCCCCAACAAGUUGUCCGGCCUUUCGAUGAACCCGGUGCUGUACAACGUGACCCGGGUGGUUCUCGUGUCGGCCCUGUCCGGAGUGAUGAGCGACACCCUCGGCUUUAGCGUAAAGCUGUGGAAGGUCAUCUCCUUCAAGUGA